GAAGAGUGAAAAGUGCGAAAAUCAAAAUGUCAGCCUACAGUGCAACUGCCGUAAUGGAACGGCUGAAUGCAGCUCAAGGUCGGCCUUUGCUUUAUCAGUGUAGUCUAUUGGAAGAAAUCCUUGCCACUACCAGCACCAAGGAGCUGAGAAUGGCCUUCCCACAAAUCCUCCGCGAGCUCUUCGACUUUGAGCUGGAGACCACCACGGGCUGGCAGCUGGACCGAGUGUUCCAGGGGGCACAGCCGGAGCUGUUUGAGAGACUGCAGAGACUCCUGGGGCCUGAGGGACCCUUGAUGAAGCUGGUCAACAGUCUUCAUGCAGAUCCACAGGCUGUGUACCAGUUUCCUUUCAAGUGUUUGCCAGCCCCUGCCCGUCAAAUGCUGGAGGAGGGUGUGGUGCCCAGUUUCUAUGCCAACAAGCUACAAGGACACAACUUUAGCUCUCCUGCUAUUGUGUUGAAUGCAUUUGAGUUGUACAUCUUUCACUUGGCCUAUGCCCUGGUCUGUCCGGUGUGGCAGGCCCGCAACCAGGGCUGGAGUGAUCUCUACGAGUUCCUCUACCCGAGAAUCAUCGAUGAGUAUUUGACUUAUUUCCUGCCUUGUGACAAGAGUUCUCUUCCCAGUGUCCCAUUCACUAACAAUGUGGUUCGGUCUCCUCUUGGAUCAAUCUCUCCCAGCCGUCAAUAUGGAUCUCCCUCGGCCCAGUUCACAUCGCCAAAUGGCUCACCUGGUGGGUCAAGCCGUAGUUUGUUCAAACCCAGCUUCCUCCAGGCCCAGAAACAAAAUCAGCAGAGCAUACCCGUCUAUGACCAGGCUGAGACGGAGAUUUGGAGGUCUGAAACUUUCCUGCAGGUGAUCACAGAGUUUUGGCUGAAUCAGAAUUCCUUCAGUGGCAGUGAGGUCAUGUCGUUUGGUGGUGGAUUGCAGUUUUCAACAGUUUACCGUAGAGAUCCUUUUAAGUUGAUCUUUGAACACUUCAUGCCCACCAUGAAUCAAGUGAAAGUGGUGCGUCUACUGGUCAAAUACCUCCACUACUUUGCCAACAGCGCCACCUCAGUGGUCAGUUCUCCUUUCCAGUCUGUGGUGCAGUCUCCACUUGACCAGUUCAAAAGGUCUGUGAUCCCUCACAUCCUCCAGAAGAAGCUGUACACAUUCCUCAGGCAUGCCUUUGACCGUUGGCCUCUUGACUCCUGCUUUAGAAUGGUGUUGGAGACUUGGCUCAGCUACAUCCAGCCCUGGCGCUAUCUGGACUUUUCCCGACGACUCUGCCCGGACACCCAGCCCUCCGACUCAGAGCAGGGCAAGCAAGUGGACGAUAAAUGGUGUGAGUUUGUGGAGGACAACCUGCUGUUCUAUACCGUGCUGACGGUGGAGUUCCUGCCACGUGUUCACCGCAUGGACCUCACCUCUGCCUACAGCGCCUACAUGGUCUACAGGGUGUCCCGAAUUCUGAAUUUGCCAAAUCUUCCCAACCUCAUUUUUAAAGCUGAACAAGAGUUGUUUGGUCCCAUGUCCCGGCCCGUUGACCUGGGUGGGAGUUACCUGUCAGGCCACGCCCUCCAAGUGUCUGCCAUAGCCCCGCCCUCACAGCUCAUAGAACUGGAAGGACCCAACUUUAUGUACAUGCCCUUCUUCAGCGACGCCAUGAAGUACAAUAUGAUGCGCAUUGUGGAACAGCUGACAGAGUCUCUGGACAUAGUCAGGAAAAAACAGUCGGCCAGUGUGGCGGACGGGAGAGCGCAGAAGAACGUGGGAUUCUUCGCCUCGCUGUUCGGGGCAGGCGGUUCAGGGGAGAGCGACUACAACACCUUGGCUGAGCAGAAACGCUUACCCGGCCAUCUGGAGCACGCCAUUCACAACUUUUGUGGUGUUUUCUCGUUGCCACGUCCUAGCAGCGUGUCUGUCCCCCCGAACGCAUCUAUCGCGGACGAGUCUCUUUAUUUGGCUGAGGAAUCAGGGGGUUUGCCUGAGUGCGUGGAGACUGAGAAUGGACUGAAGUUGACUGAUGUUGGCCGGAGACAGUUGCUCAACAAAGAGCGCAAGUUUGACAAGUUUGACAUGGGAGAUCCUGAUCUGGAGCCGGUGAGGAGCUACGAGAACAGGACUCUGGUGCGACUGCUUUUUCACAUCUGUGUGGUCAUCAACUUUUAUUUUAGAGCAAAUUUCAGUCAUCUGUUCCAGCGUCAGGACUUCUGGGGUCGAUUUGCUCGUGUCUACCUCAGCCCGCCUCUGUCGAUCAAGCCCAGCAGGAUACGAUCUCCGCGCACUGUGCAAGCCUCCAAGUUGCUGCCGAGCGACCAGCCGCGCCUCAGUCUGCGGUACCUGGCCAGCUACCAUCACCUGCUACAGCUGGCCCUGGUGUAUGUGCUUCAGACGUUCUUCCUGGGCCUGGGGCCGUCGGGCUUCGUGCUGCUCUCUGUCCUCCUGCUGGUGCUGUACGGGCUGUUUGUGGCCACCCUCAAGUCCUUCUCCCACUCACAGCCGCCGCACCACCGGUCUAGUCCUACUGCUACAGGGGAGAUCAGUUAGAGGGUUUUGUGUGUGUGUGUGGGUGUAUGUGUGUGUGUGUGGGGGUGUGUGUGUGUGUCAAGGUGUGCGUGUGAG